AUGGAGGCACCAGGACGUAUUGCAGCUAGCAUCACGAUAAUAGCACUCGUUUGUAUGAGUCUUCUGGCUAUCCUGCUGACCAAACUCAGUCGAGCACGCCAAAGGAAACAAGAAGCAAAAGCAGAAGAGGAGGGUCAGUCGCGGCCGACACCAAUGCGAGUUGCCCCCAAACCACCACAGUUACCGAUUUUCAAGACCAGGUCUUCGUUGUCCAUGUCAUCGAGUCCGACAACGCCGCGUUCCCCGAAAACCCCGAAGACUCCGGGCAUACGCUUCACGUUCACGGCUCCUAGCCACCGAAGCAGAAAUAGUGGGAGCAUCGAUAGUCUGCCAAGUGUUGAGACUAUACUUGAGCAAUAUGAGCAAGAGGCGGACGCAAAGGAUAAUCAGCAAGAGACGGAGGUAAAGCCUUUGUCCAAAAAGGAGGAUUUAGGAGAACCAGGUCCUUGCUGUACCCACAGAGGUAGAUGA